AAAGACUCCUUUUUUAACAUUUCAUCCCAACUCUCCCGAUUUCAAAUUAAGGGAAUUUGGAUGAUUUCUGCGGAAAUUUCAGAAAUUCGGAAGGGGUUUUUGUAGAAUCGAUUGAAAUUCGAUCAAUUUCGCGUUUCUGCGAUGCCUUUCCCGUGGAAGAAGGUGAAGAGCGGCCGAAUUUCCCGACUGGUCAACGACCACCUCCACAUCUCCCAGAAGCGGCGCGACGGCUCCUCUCUGGUGGUGGAGACCGGUUUUCCGACUUCGUUGAUCGAUCUCUUCAUCAAGAAUCGCGAGAAAUUGAAGAAGCCGUCGAAGAAGAAGCGCGGCGUUUGUGAUCCGGCGGUUGAAGGAUCGCCGAUUUUCUGCCCUCCGCCGCCGCCGUCGCCGGUGGGAUCGCCGCUGCGGCGAAGUGUUUCCCCAAUUCCGCCUCCGCCGAUUGAAAUUCGAAACGCGGAUGAGGCUGUGGAGGAGCGCGGCGGCGCUGAGAGCGGCGGGGAAGCGAGGGAUAGGGAAGUGAAUGGGGUUUUGGUGAUGAUUUUCAAGAUUUUCACGGUGGUGGUUUUGGGGUUUUCCACUAAGAGACUCGCUUUAGGGAUCACCAUCUCGGCGGCCCUCCUCCUCCUCCUCGAAUACGCCGGAAAACGCCGCCGCCGCCUCUCCCGGCGGCGCCGCCGAUUGUGCAAACUAAUUCUAGAUUACUAA